AUGCCGGUGGUGAACGUCUCUUGCUACGUCUGUCUGUCGGUCUGCCUCCGUGCCAGUGAGAGGGGGAGUGGCUGGUGCCUGCUGUGGUGUGGCGGCGAGGGCCGUCUGGUCAGCCGUACGUCAAAAACGCGGCCCAACAACAUGUGGGUACCAUCUCUAUCCCACAGCCUGAAGGCGAUGGAAGGAAGAGGGAAACAACAGCAAACACAUUUUUAUUGCUGUGCUUAUUCUUCUUCACCAUUGUCUGUAGUGGAUAUAGCAAUGAAACUCAUUGAACGCACAGCUGGGCGGCCAAUGCUGUCGGAGAAGCGCCGCGCCACGCUGGAAUCCAUGUAUGCUCUGGUGGGGACCCACAGCGCGGUGAAGCUCUGUCGUUGGCAAAAGUCCAUGAUGCGUGGUAGAGGUGGGUGUUACAAGUGGACCAUGUAUGGAAUUCAAUCCCAUCAGUGCAUGGAGGCCACGCCAAGCAUGGCGUGUGCAAACAAAUGCGUCUUUUGUUGGCGCCUAAAUACAAAUCCCACGGCAACGGAGUGGAAGUGGCAGGUGGAUGACCCACAGACUGUCGUUGAUGGCAUGCUGUCAAGUCAUAGAGCGUUGAUACAAGGCGUACGAGGCAUGCCGGGCGUCACAGAGAAGGCAUUGGAAGAGGCGAUGAACCCAAAGCACUGUGCACUUUCUCUCGUCGGUGAGAGUGUGUUGUAUCCGUAUGUGAACACAUUUCUGCAUCUGUUGCACGAAAGGGGGCUGUCUACGUUUCUCGUCAACAAUGGUCAAUUCCCUGAUGCUUUGAGGGAGUUAACGCCCGUCACGCAGUUAUACCUCAGUGUAGAUGCCCCUAACAGGGAAACAAUGAAACUCUUGGAUCGGCCAGUGUUCCCCGACUACUGGGAACGCUUUCAACAGAGCAUGGUCCACAUGAGUGAGAGAAAGGAAAGGACCGUCUUUCGUUUAACGAUGAUCAAUGGGUUCAACAUGAGCGAGGAAAACCUAUUAGAGUACAAAACUCUGUUUGAAACCGGUCGACCAAACUUUGUUGAACUUAAGCGUCUUACGCCGGCAUUUUCAGGAAACAGUCGAAGUAUACUUCGGAUUAAAAAUGUCCCGUCAUGGGAGCAGCUAAAGGCGUAUGGGAGGCGCUUGUGUGAAGUGAUCUUUGACGGGAAGGCGUACGAAGUGGCCUCGCUGCACGAACACUCCGGUUGCGUCCUGUUGGCGGAGAAAAGGUUUAAAAUUGACGGCAACUGGCACACCUGGAUCGACUUUGGGAAGUUCCACGCCAUGGUCAUUGACCCUGCCCUCUCCAAACAAAUCACGGCGGACGCCUACUUGCGCCCCACCCCACGCUGGGCAUUGCCAGAGUCUGCGGCGGAGGGGUUUGACCCCUCCCAGACGCGGCACCUCACAGCAAGGCGUCUAAAGCACAUGGCUGCGGCGAAGGUUGCAAACGACUAA